AUGCAAAUAGCACAGCUCCCGGAGACAUGGGGCUUGCACACUUCCACUGCCAAAAAAGGGUUAAUAUUAGCUGAGACACUGGCGCAGGAGGAGCAGCAAGCAUCCUGGGCCACUCGGGACAUACAGGUGGAAGAGGAGGAGCUGGCCUUCCAGGAUUUAUUGUCAUUUUAUGGCUAUGAAGCAUCAGACCCUUUAUCAGACAGUGAAAUAGAGAAUACUCUAUCUGAAUCCACGCAGCCCCUUGUCUGUCUGCACCAGGAUCAAGUUUCCACACAACCUACACAGAUGUCUCCGUCCCUGGCUUCUGGAGGGUCUGCAGAUCUUUCCCCCUGCUUUGCUGAUUCUCCAGAUGACUGGACAGUGGAGUCUGAGAUGAGGGCUGAGGAGGCCAUGUUUGGGUCUGAGCCUCAGCUCCCAUAUAUGAGAUAUACCCCAACAGGUGGAAGAGAUUCUCAGGAGAAAGACCAACUGCUUUGGGAUCCCAAUGUUCUUCCAGAGAGAGAAGUGGAGAACUACCUGAGUCGCGCAGCAGAAUGUCAGCAAAGAUCUGGGGAAGAAUAUAGCCAAGAAGAGGGACAUGUGAGGGAUAACGAACAGGCUCUCUACGAGUUGGUGAAGUGUAGAUUUCACACAGAGGAGGCUCUGCGAAGGCUCUGCUUUAACGUCAAGGUUGUACAAGGUCACCUCUGUGCUUGGAGUGAGGACGAAUGUCGAAGUUUUGAGCAAGGGUUUCGAGUAUAUGGGAAAAACUUCCACCUUAUCCAAGCCAACAAGGUCCGCACACGGUCAGUAGGCGAGUGCGUACAGUACUACUACGCCUGGAAGAAGUCUGAGCGCUAUGAGCAUUUCACACAGAGUCGCUUGGGCAGGAGGAAGCAGCUGAUAAAUGCAACAUCAGUAGAGUAUGAGUGUGACGUGCCAAAUUUGGAGUGUCCAUUUGGAUUACGUGAAUCUGUAUUUGGCAGGGGAGCUGCUGAGCAAAUUAAGGUAGAAGCAGAUUAUUUAGCUGCUUCCAAGAAGAAUUCCUCUCAGGACAGUUCCUGCUCCUGCACUAAUGGUCAGUUUACUUGCGAACUUCACUCCCUACCUUGUGCCAACCAAGGGGAUCAUCAAGAACCUCCUCCAAUGAACAGUGAUCAGAUCAGUCGAGACCUCCGUCGUCCAGAACUGCCCUUAAUGCCUGACGUGAGGAAACAAGACCACCAUCUGGACACGUUUAGCAUGGCCGACUUGUCUCUUGCAGGCUUUCUGUCAAGACCAUCUCUUCUUUGUACCAAUACUCUCUCCCCCUGACCUGUUUGGCAUUUCAUAUCUUAUAAAUUAACUGAAGGACAAGGCUGCUUUGGACAUUUUUUUUUUUUUUUUUUUUUGGGGGGGGGGGUUUCUGUCCACUGUAGCAGAUGAUUCACCAGCUCCUUGUGUUAUUAUCAGCCAUUGGGAUAUUGAUGCUCAGUUUAUUUAACUCAGGAAGAUAUACCUAACAGUACCAGAAAUUGUGACAGCUUUUUAUUCCAAGUAUUGCGUAGGUGCUGGACUUAGUUCAGCAAUUUAUUUAAUUUUAUGUUCUGUAAGGUACUGUAAGCACACACAGAAGAUGUACGUGAAAUGCCCCUCAUACUGUACCUAUGUUUUUCUUUGUUUUAUUCAUUUCACUGUGGGUUAGUAUGCUGCCAAGGAGAGUCAUGCUGCAAAAUCUUCUUGGUUGUCUUUGGUAAAUAUCCAUUUGUUUGCUUGUCUCACAUGAUUUCAUUAUGGGAAACAAACGUAAUCAUUUUAAUGUUGCUGAUUUAACAGUAAGUAUUCCUAAGAUUCUGGACAGGUUUCCACCCGUCUAAGGAAUGAUCCGUUAUUGAGUCAUUAUUUUGUUAAUUUCCUAUUUAGAGAAAUUGUAAUGCUGGACCCUAGAGGAGCAUUUGUAUCAAAACCUUCCUAUAAGAUUUCCUGUAGGAUGUACAUCCCAUGUUAUGUACUCAGCAUCUGUGUAUUUUGCACCAUCUCUGUUUAAAGGUAAAUUGGAGCCAAUUUUUAUUUGGUUUUGUAACCAUAAAAUCAAUAAAGUGACAUAUUACAAAAAUCUGCCCUUUUAGCAGUCACAAAUAAAUGACAUUUCUUAUUUAAA